UUUUAGAAGCUUGGCUCCUUCUCAUUCCGAGCUGAAUCAACUUCAACUUCAAGCCCUCUUUGCGUGUGGAAGGCGUCGUCUCUCUGCGACUUCGCCCCAGCUGUAGCUUUUGAGACCAUCGUAGAGUGCAACUGGGACCUCAGGAGAGCCUAACGCGCCCGAGGCUAUGAGCGGGGCCUCCCCUCCGCCCAAGCCUUGGGAGGCUGCAAAGGCGUCAGCCACUGCGACACAGGGCCCAGGCCCAAAGCCUUGGGAGCAGCCACAAGCCGCUGUUGCCGCAGCCAGCGCGGACGCCUCUGCUGUUGUCCCUCGUGCCCCUGCUCGACCCUGGGAGCGUGAAGGCGAGACUGCCAACGGCGUCACUUCCUCCAGUUCCCCAUACGGCGCUUCCACCUACGCCGCCGGCGCAUCACCAUACUCUCGGCCCUACAGCACCACAAACGGCGUCGGAUACGGCACCUCCAGUAUGUACGGGACGUCAGGCAGCAUGUAUGGCACCGGUAGCAUGUACGGCUCCAGCAUGUACGGCCGGCCAGGCUACGGUGGCGUAGGUGGCGCAUACGGCAGCAGCAUGUACGGCAGCGGCGGCUAUGGCAGCAGCAUGUAUGGCAGCGGUGGCUACGGCAGCGGCAUGUACGGCGGCGGCAGCAUGUAUGGCGGCAGUGGCAUGUACGGCUCAGGGGGCAUGUACGGCGCCGGCGGCAUGUACGGCGCCAGUGGCGGCAUGUAUGGUGCUGGCGCCGGCAUGAUGGGCGGCGGGCCCAUGGACCCCAACAAUCCGAUGAUGGGGCCGGGCGGGCCCAUGGGCGGCCCGCCGCACCCGCCCAGCGCGUGGCAGCAAUUCAUGGGCGUCAUCAACGGCGUCAUGCACUUCUUCGGCCGGCUGUCCUUCCUGGUGGAUGAGAACACACACGCCGUGCACUUCUUUAUCAGUGCGCUGCUGCAGCUGCUGGACCGCGCUGGCUCGCUGUACGCGGAGAUAGCGCGCUUCGUGCUGCGCCUGCUGUUCCGCAAACGCGCCUCCGUUAUUGCAGCCAAGAAGGCGGCGGCAGCGGCUGCCGCCGCAGGUGGUGGAGCCGCCCCCGCGGUGGGUGCGGAUGCCGCAGGCGCCAUCGUGCCGCGUGGCGCGGCGGGCAUGCCCGGUGCAUCAGCGUCAGGCGCGGCGGAUGCGGGGUUCAGUGCGGCUGCGGGCGCGGCGUUCGGCGGGGGUGGUACAGGAGCGACAACACCCGUUAACACGGUUGGCUCGUAUCUGGGCGGCGCUCAGGCGUUUGGCUUCGGAGGCGGGCCAUAUGGUGGGUCAUAUGGCGGGCCAAUGGGCGGCGGCCCCAUGGGUUCGAUGGGGAUGGGCAUGGGCAUGGGGGCCGGCAUGGGGAUGGCGGGAAUGCCGGCUGGCGCUGGGCAGUGGGACUCGCUCUGGCGGUAGGGGCACACUAGCUGAGGCAGGGAGACAGUACUAGGUAGAUAUCAACAGUGCUAGGCAGACAACAACUUGACUUCCGUCAACGUUCUGACUGGUGUCUACAAUAUGUCAUCGGAGAAGUAGCUCGUGGAAACGGUUUGGCAUGGACUCUGCGUCUAGACGGCUCGUACACUGUGUCUGGCGUGAGAAGUCUAGGGGGCAGUAGUUACGCGGCGCACUAUAUUGUGGUGGUAUCAUAUCUCGCAAGUCGUAGGGAUCUCUGCCUUGCAAGGGUGCCGUUGUCUUGCUGCUGCCGAAUGAGACCAAGGCAGUAGCCCGAAGCACUGCAUGGGCCAGCUCAAAACAUGUGCUGCUUGUGCACGGAAGGAAGGUGAAGG